UGUUAGUAGCGCCCGGAUGCUUCCCUUCAUCUGUCCUAGCGGCCCCUAUAAACUGUAAUGGAAGUGUCCAGCCUGCGUAUAGUCCGACUCCAACUUCCAAUUUGGGGGGGGGAUCUCGCUGAACAACAACUGAUGGGGCAGUCAUCCUUUGGCAGUUCGAGCCCAGGUUUGUCCUGUUUCUUGCCGUCUGCUGUAUGCUACACUUCUUUUCUGAGACCUUAGAUCCGGCCUGGAAAAUCGACCAAUUAGAACUCUCCUUUGUCUGAGCUGUUUUUGGAUUUCAUUUAAUGCUAGUGAUAACUACUGAAGCAUUUCACAAUGAAAUAUUCAAUCAGAAUGACAAAGAGAAAGUAAAGUCGGCUCCCUGUCUUCUGAGGAUCAUGACUUUGACCCUACUGCUGAAAUGUUGGUACAUGACUAUGACGAUGAAAGAACUCUUGAAGAAGAAGAAAUGAAGGAGGAUGGCAGACAUUUCGCAGCUGAAAUUGAAGAUUUAGAAAAGGAAGGAAACAUGCCCUUGGAAGACUUGCUAGCGAUUUAUGUGUAUGAAGAUACAGAUCCAGUAACUGCUGUUUCAAGUGCAGGCAGCUCCCCGAGUGAACUUGCUGAUGAGCUGCCAGAUAUGACUCUGGACAAAGAGGAAAUUGCAAAAGACCUUUUGUCCGGUGAUGAUGAAGAAACACAAUCUUCUGCUGAUGACUUAACCCCAUCAGUUACAUCGCAUGAAGCAACCGACUUCUUUCCGCGUCCUUUAAGAUCAAACACUGCCUAUGACGGUGAUAAAGAGUCUGAGAGUGAUGAUAUGGAAACAGACUUUGGAAAUUCAUCGGAGGACCUCAGAAAGGAGAUAAUGCUUGGACCACUUCACCAAGCGGAAAUACCACAGUUUCAGGGGAAAUGCUUGUCUGAUUGCACUGCAGAUGAACAUGAGGAUCAGCUGAUCUGGAGUCCAGAUGUUCUUCCAGAAAACAAAGUAAAGGAUUUUCUACGUGAAAUAUCAAGAGCUACUAAAGAGAAAGAUACUGGGGGAGUUCUGUUGAGAGACAAUGAACAGGCAUUGCAUGAACUCUUCAAGUGUCAGUACAAUAUAACUGAUGCGUUGGAGCGAUACUGCAGCAGUAGAAAGGCAUCACAAGAUGAGAUCACACCUUGGACUGAAGAGGAAUGUAGUAAUUUUGAGCAUGCGCUCGAGAUACAUGGAAAGGACUUUCAUCUGAUACAAAAAAAUGAGGUUAAGUCUCGGACAGUUGCUGAAUGUGUGGCCUUUUAUUACAUGUGGAAAAAAUCGGAAAGAUAUGAAUAUUUUGCUCAGCGAACUAAAUUUGGAAAGAAAAGAUACAAUCACCACCCUGGAGUAACUGAUUUUAUGGAUCGUUUGGUGGAUGAAGCGGAGAUUCUUGGAGCAGUAGGAAACACAUCAGCCUUAACCUGCCAUAGUAGAACAGAUCCAAUUCCUGACUCGCAGCUUAAUAUACUGAACUCGAUUACUGCGAACGACCUGACAGCACUGACGCACAGCGUAGCCACCGUAUGUAAUUCUGCCGACGUCGACUGCUUGAACGAUGACUUCCCUGCUCUGGACGCUUUACCCCGAGUGCCGGUCAAUCACGUGCCGGUCGGAACAGAAGACUUGCUUACGUUGCCCAGCAAUGGGGAAAGUGAUUGUUUUAAUAUAUUUGAGACUGGAUUUUACCCCUCCGAGGUGAACACUUUGAACUUAUGCAGCGAGGAACCCGAGAGGCCGGCAAAAAGGAUAAAAAUGGGAAUCUCUGUUCCAGAAUCUUUUAUCAGUGACGUUUCUGUAAAUAACCUCAGUGUGGACUUUGAGAACCACACGCACCACAUCACCAGUGCCAAAAUGGCCGUGUCCAUGGCAGACUUAAGCAGUUUAUCCGCAAAUGAGACCAGUAGUUUUAUAAAUUCACACACACUACACCACACGGCCCUUCAGUCGGAAUAAUUUCAGUCUCCAAAAAAGAACAACAAAACACUGACUGUGGAGUUGCAGUAAAAUCUGAUCAAAACUUCGGGUUUGCCUAGUCUUUCACUGGAAGUUUGAACUUUUUUUUUUUUUUUUUCUUUUUCCUAUGACAUCAGUGAUGUCUUUGUAUGUAAAGAACUAUAUCUUGAUUUUUGUCAAGAACUUCUUUUCGGUCCAUUUACGUGGCAACAGACUAUGCUCGGCAGAUUUGGGAAUCUAGAUUACUAUCGGGGGGGGGGGGGGGUUGCAGCUUAAUGCUUCUAUUUUUGUUAAAUUCUGUAGAUAUCGAGUCCCCAUCUGAAAACCAGCACAGAGGUUGUGUAUCAAAUGUAUUGGCUUCUUUGCUUUCAAGCUACCAUUUUAUUAGGGAGGCACCAAAUCCAGGAUUCGGCCUUUUUCAGCAGGAUUUAGAUUCGCCCGAAUCCUUCUGCCUGGCCGAACUGAAUCCGAAUCCUAAUUUGCAUAUGCAAAUUAGGGGCGGGGAAGGAAAUGGUGUGACUUUUUGUCACAAACAAGGAAGUAAAAAAGUUUUCCCCUUCCCACCCCUAAUUUGAAUAUGUAAAUUUGGAUUCGAUUCAGGAAUCUACCUUUUUCAGGUGGGUUCGGAUUCAGUUGAAUCCUUCUGCCCGGCUGAACUGAAUCUGAAUCAUAAUUUGCAUAUGCAAAUUAGGGGUGGGGAGUGAAAUCACAUGACUUUGUCACAAAACAAGGAAGUAAAAAAAAAAAAAGUU